AUGCCGCCAGAUCGACAACCGCGGGCCACGCGCAUAGUCCGCGUUCGCACGGGCUGCUGGACAUGCAGGCGCCGCAAGAAGAAGUGCGACGAGGUCCGUCCUAUCUGCGGGGGCUGCUCGCGAAACGAGCUGGGCUGUUCGUGGCCCACCACGGUGCCUGGGAGGCGGAAUUCAGGCCCAGAGAGCUAUUCGCCACAAUUGAGUGACGAUGGGAGGCGGUUCAGUCUGCCGGAGACGAUUGAGGGGCAUGAGGUGCUGAACUUCCCGGUGACGCCGGGGUCUCGGCGGCACUCUUCGGUCUCUUCGAUCGGGGGACAGUCGGUCCUUUCGGAGCGCGAGACUGAUGAGCCUGCUGUACCAGGAGAAGCGGUUGCGAGUAGCGAGGCGAGUGUUGGGAGUGGGAAUUCUGCUCUCAUGGCCAUGUCGGGCUUCGGACAUGUUGUACCUAGGACGAUGUCGAUGUUGCCUGGCUACGAUCCAGAGUCGUAUCAGCUUCUCAGCCACUACUUGAGUACGACUGCAGACUGUAUGGCGAAUGGAUCCACCCCGAUCAACCCCUUUUUGGUCCAGAUUGUUCCCCUUGCUUUCAGCAGCGACCUCCUGUUGCAGCUGGUCAUCACGCAGAGUGCGGCACAUCGCGCGUUUCGACGACGGGACGAGACGGACGCUGUCGCUCAUACACACUACUCGAAGGCGAUUAAGCUGUUCCGAAAUGGAGUUACCGAGUUCAUUGAAGGGAAGGAGUCAAACCCGCUGAUGCUCCUCGUUGGAGCACUGCUUAUGUGCUUUACCGAGACGGCAAAAGGUGACAUGACAGGAACAGUAUUUGAUCAUCUGUCCGCGGCAAACUCACUACUUGUGAAACUGCUCAUGCAGAGCGAUGCAGCCGUCCCCAGGGAGUUGAAAGACUUCGUCAUAGAGUACUACUCGUACACUGCGACCGUCAGCAUGAUCUCGAUAGACGCCCGACUAAGCGGUCAGCUAUUUCUCAACUUUGACCUGGAACAACGAGCCCGCGAACUGCUGCAAACACAGUAUGUCGGUAACCUCUGCGGAUGCUGGCUCGAGCUGCUCCUUUUGAUACCCUGCAUAUUUGAUCUUGGCCGCCAAUGGAUGAUGGAAGAUACGCCUGUUCCCGUCCCGACCGCAGACGAUAUCGCAAUGUUUGCCUCGAUCCAGGGCCAAAUCCUCCGCUGGUCGCCGUAUCCGUUUGUCGUCGCAGAGGUGUACUUAGCUGGUCUGAUCUUCCAGCAAGCAAUGCUCAUUUAUCUUUACACGUCGCUCGGCAGCUACGAGCACAAGGCAGACGGAAUGUACAACAGCCUGAUCCAAACCGCCCUUACAGAAGCUAUGGCCUACCUCGCCGAGCUGUCGCCCGAAGCCCGGAUCAACUCAGGCCUCUGCUGGCCCAUUGCCGUCGUGGGCUCCUGCCUCAUGAAUGCUGAGCAGCAGGACUGUCUCAGGUCACGACUGGUAGCAAUGGCAAACCACUUUGGUCUGGGAAAUAUGCAACGAACCCUCCUACUACUCGAGGUUAUGUGGCAAGCACCGCCCUCCGAGGCUGGCCCUUGGAAUAUCUGUCGGACGAUGCAGCAGAACCAAAUCUGGAUUUCAUUCGCAUGA